CAGCCCAUAAAAUUCUUGAUACCCAAAAGAUUGUUCUUACAUUGUGGCACGUAGGACCUUUGCAAAGCCCGUUUUUUUGACCUAACUUUGACGAAUACCCAUGACGUUGACUGAGACGUCAUCCAAUCGACGCCACCAGCGCCCAGAUGCAAUCGCCUUGAUCAAGCUUGCAGCUUUGCCGGCUUCAGCUAGGCGCUUUGGGCAUAUAUAUAUACCAGAGCCUGGUUUGAUGCCAACUUGGAACUUUCAAUCUCAUUCUUUAACUUUGAACAAUUGCAUGGUUCUUCUUCGUGACAAGGCUAUUUCACAUUUACGACGCUACACACAUACAAAGAUACUCCCUACAACUACCAAGAUCUCCAACAUGGACUCCAGCAACAACCAGCAGAAGAAGGAGGGUGAGAAGCAAUUCUCCAUCCAGCCGAUCAACGAGUCCUCCAAUGUCGACCCUAAGUUUGCUGCACACCAGGCUCACCCCGGCCCGGCCAUCUCCCAGCAGAUGCCGCCUCAACAGGGCACCAAGGAGGAGCGCCAGGCGAGAAAGGAGGAACUGAACAAAUAAACAAAUAAACAAAUAAACAAAUAAACACCAAUACCAGCAAUUACGAUGAACACCCUAAAUAAAUAAAUUUUAAUUCUCUUCUUAUUUUUGACUUGACAU